CUGCUUACUGCUUUUGCCAUCAUUGCCAUAUUGGUUUGCAGAGGAUCCUUGACUCUCAGCGAAACUACGAGUAUACCGAUCUUGUGAAGCCACUUGACCAUGGACUCCCCAAUGUGCCUCGUUAAAAAUGCUGACGGAGAGCUUUGCGUAGAACCAGAGGCCAUCGACUACCUGAUGGGACUGAAACAGAAAGUCGUAGUUGUGUCUGUGGUCGGGCUGUAUCGCACCGGAAAGUCCUACCUCAUGAACAAGCUGGCUCAGAAGAGAAGUGGUUUUGCCCUUGGAGCCACCAUCCAGUCUAAGACUAAGGGCAUCUGGAUGUGGUGUGUCCCUCAUCCUGAAAAAACAGACCACACCCUGGUGCUGCUGGAUACAGAGGGACUGGGGGACGUGGAGAAGGGGGAUUCUAAGAACGAUGCCUGGAUCUUCUCGCUGGCCAUUCUGUUAAGCAGUACUCUGGUCUACAACAGUCGAGGGACCAUCGACAAUGAUGCUGUGGAGAAGCUUCAAUAUGUGAACGAGCUGACAGAGAAGAUCAAGGUGAAGUCUUCCACUGUCGAUGAGGAGGAAGGAGAGGGCACCCAGUUUAUGCAGUUCUUUCCUAAUUUUGUGUGGACCGUCAGAGAUUUCACUCUACAGCUCGAGAUCGACGGCAGAGAAAUCACUCCAGACGAUUAUCUGGAGAAUUCCCUGCAACUCAAGAAAGGUACUAGUAAAAAGAUCAAUGACUACAACCUCCCGCGAGAGUGCAUCCGGAACUUCUUCCCCUCACGCAAGUGUUUUGUGUUCCCCUCCCCUACAACUCCUGACAACAUGCACCGACUGGACUCCAUGGACGAGGCUGAGCUUUCUGAACGCUUCAGAGAGGUCGCAGAUACUUUCUGCCGCUUUAUUUUCCAGGAGUGCCGUGUGAAGACUGUUAUAGGAGGACACACAUUGACUGGAGAGAUGUUGGGGCACUUGGUGAACACCUAUGUGGAGACCAUUGCCAAAGGCAAUGUGCCCUGUCUGGAGAAUGCUGUGUUGGCCAUGGCUAAAAUUGAGAACCAGGUUGCUGUGGAUGAGGGCCUGGUGGUGUACCAGAAGGGAAUGGAGGAUGUGAAGGUCUUAUUCCCAGUGGACAUCAAUCAGCUGUCAGAGAACCAUCUUCGCUCAGAGACCCAGGCCACAAAGGCAUUCAUGAAACGAUCCUUCAAAGACAAAGAUGGGGAAUUCUUGAAAGUUCUGGCGGAGGCCAUUAGCAACCACUCCGCCGACCUUUUCAAACAGAACAAGGAUGCCUCAGAGAAGAAGUGCAAGGCCCUUCUGGAAAAGCUGUCUGCUCUGAUGGAUCAGGGGAUGAAGGAGGGGAUGUACACCACACCAGGAGGCUAUGAGCUUUACUGCAAUCACCAUGACAACAUAGUGGCACAGUACCGGGCCGAGCCCAACAAAGGAGUCAGGGCUGAGGAGGUUCUGGAGCAGUUCCUGAAGGACAAGAGUGCAGAGUCCAACUUCAUCCAGCAAGCUGACAAAAAACUGACUGACAAUGAGAAACAAAUCCAAGCUGAGAAGAAGAAAACAGCUGAGUUGGAGCAGGAGAAGGCAGCAUUCAGGAAGCAACAGGCAGAGAUGGAGCGCAGAAUUGAGAAAAAUCGCGCUAGCCAGGAGAAGUACUUGAAGGAGAUGAAAGAGAAGAUGGAGGAGGAGAGGAAGCAACAGCAGCAGGAGUUCAUAAGGACCCUGGAACGCAGGAUGCAGGAGCAGAAGGAUCUCCUGGAGAAGGGCCAUAAGGAGAAGGCUGAGCUAAUGAGACAAGACAUCGAGGAGAUAAAGAAGAAGAAUCAAUUGGAAAGGGACGCCUAUAUCAAGAAUACACAGAAUCAGAAGGCUCUGCUGGAUGACUACAAGAAGCAGGCUGUGGGACAGAAUAAACAGAUGGAAAUGUUAAUGAGGGAGCUCAACAAUAGAUCACAGACCCCUGUACAAGUUGUUGAACGACUUGUUCCUCAAGAAGCCUGUAUCGUAAUGUGAUCUACUCCACCUUGAAUUCUUGACUAUGAAAAGUAACCUGAUAUUGAGUCUUGAAGCGUUGAAGUGUUUGUCUUCUAUAGCCAUCAUUGUUUUUAUCUGAUCCUGCUGGUUAUCUAUGAAAGCUGAUGUAAAAAGGGCUUUUUUAAAAUACAUUUGUUUGAGUGACCUCUUGAAGAUAAAUGCUAUAAGACAUGACUGGGAUCAUGAUCUCAACCCCAAAUCCGGCUUAGUCAUCAUCGUCUUUGUCGUUUUCUUGCACCAGCAAAUUGAAUAAUAACUAAUGGUUUGUGAUUAUAAAAUGUGUAAGAACAAGUACAAACUUCAGCACACAACAUCCAGUGGGUAAGCACUCUACCACAAAGGGAAAGGUUAGUUAGAGCAACACAAGUCCGUCUCGUUUUCCAAUUGUUUAAUUUAGUAGCGUGAAUCGUUCCUGUUCACACCAAAGAGAAGAGCGGAAUAAUUGGAAGAAUGAAUCCGAGUUUAUGAUAGCAAUAAGGCACCUCAUGGGUUUGUUAUAUUUGGCCAAUAUACAACGGCUAAGGGUUGUAUACAGGGACUCUGCGUGGCGUCGUAAAUUAGAACAGCCCUUAGCCAUGGUAUUUGGGCCAUGUACCUCACUCUCUCAGGCCUCAUUGCUUAAAUAUACCUCACUCUCUCAGGCCUUAUUGCUUAAAUAUACCUCACUCUCUCAGGCCUUAUUGCUUAAAUAUACCUCACUCCCUCAUGCCUUAUUGCUUAAAUAUACUUGUGUGUGACAAGGGCAGAUCCUGCAAACAGUCCUCACAAAAAAGCGUCUGUAAUGUCUGAACAGUUUGAGCUACAGACCAUUAUGACCACAAUAUGAAAAGCUGAGACACUCACAAACACACACAUGUAAGCUACACAAGAGUCGUCUGAAGCUAAGGGGUUCUUCUACAUAGAGGACGAUAGUAAAUCCCAGGUCAUAGUGUCUAAAAUACUGUAAGGGAUUCUUCUACAUAGAGGACGAUAGUAAAUCCCAGGUCAUAGUGUCUAAAAUACUGUAAGGGAUUCUUCUACAUAGAGGACGAUAGUAAAUCCCAGGUCAUAGUGUCUAAAAUACUGUAAGGGAUUCUUCUACAUAGAGGACGAUAGUAAAUCCCAGGUCAUAGUGUCUAAAAUACUGUAAGGGAUUCUUCUACAUAGAAGAUCAUAGGAAAUCCCCGGUAAUAGGGUCUAUAAUACUGUAAUAAGAUCACAUAGUUGCUGGCACAAUCUCCAAACUCCACACACUUGUCACUGAUGAGUUGGAUAUUCAUUUCCCACUGAGCAAACAAUUGCUGUACUUACAGAAUUCUUUUAAAUUCAUUUUUGUCUGUUAAGGCGGACCUUAUUUUUUUUAUUGACAUUCACAAUACAACUCACAAAUGCAACUGCAAUUGCAAUUUUUAUGUUGUACUUGUAGUCCUGGUUGUUUUAAAAGGAAAAUGUUAAAAACUUCAUUGUGAAGCUCAAUUCAAGAUCCAGCAGAUGAAUGAAACGGUGGCGGUCAGUAAUGUUUAUGAGCUUGGCCUUAUUUCUAUUACAGCAUAUUGGAUGAAUGUCAUUCGUAUUCCAUUCACCAGUUCAAUGUAACAGUGAUAGGUUUAGGCUACUACCCCAUCCCUGUCUGCUCGUCGCCAGUGUGUUGUUAUCCAUUGGAUCUGCCUAACCACUCCCAUCAACCCAUCUCCGCUGCCCGCUGCUCCACCCGGAACUAUCUACCUCCACGUUCUCAUUGAUUAAUAAAUACUCACCAUCUUUAUACUUACCUUGUCCUGGUCUGCUUCUGGGUCCAAUUCUGGUAAACCUUGACAAAAACGAGUCCUAUAUCGACAUAACCCAAACUCAGCAAGGAACAAGCCACUGCUCCAAAACCGCCAUAAAAUA